AUGCAUACCAAAGAAGAAUUUUGUCCUUCAUUUUAUUACACUAGAAACCAAUUUGAAUUAUCAAGUCACGCUACUUAUGACUUGAAAUGCACACACAAACGUAUAGCACCGCCUUCCUUGAGCUCUACUAUGCAGGGUAUAUCUCAGAGAACUGGCAUUAACAAGUUGCCCACGGUAACAGGUGAGAUUUCUACUUGGCAAUCGUCUCAUGCACCCAUUUCCUCGUUGGCGACACUUCCUGUCCGCCAUCCUGGCAACGAAGAGCAUCAUCUAAAAAGACCUCGAGUAGAUGAAGUGUUAGAAAGGGUAGCUGUAGUUCUGGCUGGUGGUGGAACAAAGAGCAGCAUCGAAAGAGAUCAUAAUCAUGGAUUAAUGACAUUCACUGCCUUGGCACCCAAACAGCUGUCUGACUUGCAUUUGUCAAAGUCACUUUUUUUUAAUCCUAUAACAACUGCACUAACUGUCUCUACCUGUGACGUCGCCGAUCCUCUCACAUCAUCACCGCCCAAAGAGUACGAACCUUUGGUUAGCGCCGCAUCCCCAAGAGCUGCGCAGCAGACUUUUCAAGACAUCGAAAAGCGAGGGAAUGACGAACUACAGGUCUCCCACGACCGUGAUUGCCUAAAGGUAGAUGGGGCACACCCAUCACCAUCGUCGCCUGGGUUGGUAUUCCAUCAGGAGGACCUUAGCGAUAAAGACUUCCGCCGCGAGGCCUUACUGGGGCAGGGCAGCUAUUCCAUCGUCACGAGCGCGACCCACCUCCCAUCUGGACGUCUCUUUGCCCUGAAGGAGAUUUCUCGUUUUCAUCUAUGGCAAACCCGCAUGGAUCAGCAGCUGCAGUGGGAGAUUAACCUUCACCGCAAGCUGCGACAUCCCAACGUUCUCCGUCUGUACAGCUAUUACGUCACGCCCCGUUACAUCCAUCUCGUGCUGGAGUUUUGCCCGAAGGGGACAAUUUUACAGCGCCUGCGCGCGGCCCCGGGGGGUCGGCUUGGGGAAUCGCAGGCCUCCCGGUACGCCCGGCACGUCGCGCGGGCUCUGGGGCACCUCCACCGGAACGGCAUCGCCCAUCGGGACCUGAAGUUGGAGAACGUCCUUCUCGACCAGCGCGGCGUCGCCAAGCUCGCGGAUUUUGGUUGGUCGAAAGUCGUCUGCGCGGGCGCCGAGAAGGACGGCAACAAGGGAGGGGAAGAGGGGUGGGCGUGGCCGACGAUGCGUCGAGAUGUCGAUAGAAACACAGAGGAGGAAGCGGAGGAGGGAAAAGGGGAAAGAAAUGAGCCCCACCGCGAUGGGACUCAGGGGAGCUCGGUGUCGGUACCGUCGCUCGGGCCACGCUUUACGGUCUGCGGGACGUUGGACUACCUCUCCCCUGAGAUGCUCUCUGGACAACCGCACACGACGAAGACGGAUGUCUGGUCUCUCGGCGCAAUGAUUGUGGAGAUGAUUACUGGGCAACCACCUUUCUAUUACGCCUCGCAACAGGAGACAUUGGAGGCGAUCCGUACCAAGGCCCCUAAUUUGUGCGGCCGGCGCUCGUCAUCGUACCCCAAACCAACAAGUACUCAUUCCGAAACGGUUGAAGAAAAUGCUGUAGGGCAAAAUGGUCUCGCGGCAGGAGUCAUACCUCAGGACGAGACGCCAGUGGAGCUUUCUUUAUUGUCCCAAGACUUAGUUUUGAGUAUGUUGAACAAGUCGCCCGACGAACGCCCGUCUAUUGAACAAGUUCUCCAACAUCCAUGGCUCAUGAAGAAGCGAAGUUAG